GAUCUUUACGCUGCUUAUAAAAAUACUCAAUUUUUAUGUAUUUGAAGUUUCGCAUGCUGACGAUACAAUGACGCUCAAACUAGUACAUGUGAUCUGGCGACACGGGGACAGAUCACCCACAAUAACAUAUCCUACUGAUCCAAUCAAAGAGGAUAACUGGACAUUUGGUGGAGGAGGAUGGGGGCAACUUUCCCCUUUAGGAAUGAAACAACAUUUCGAUUUCGGAAAACAAAUGCGGCAAUACUACGUUGACACGAAUUUUCUUAGCAAAACAUACAAUUCUAAAGAGAUUUAUGUUCGCUCCUCAGACGCUAAUAGAACAAUUAUAUCUGCUAUGACGAAUCUGCUUGGCAUGUAUAGCUAUAAUAAUAAUGCAAGUGUCAACGGAACAGACUAUCCCGAUGUGGAUGGUUGGCCUCAAGGGUUUAUUCCAAUUGCAGUGCAUACCAUCGAGAAAAGCACUGACCAUAUGCUUGUUUCACAUGCUCCGUGCAAGCGUAUGAGCUGGCUGCUUGAAGUGCUACGAAACGAAUCUGAGGAGGUCAAAGGAUUCUUAGACAGAACAGAAGUAAAAGAAGUGUUCAAAAACGUGUCUUUGAAUGCUGGCUGGAACUACGACGUGAACAGCUUGUGGCAAGUGCGUGAUGCAUGGAAAAUUGAGCAUGCGCAUGGCAUGAAGCAACCCGAUGAAGGUGAUUGGUACACUAAAGAGCUGUACGAUAAGGUAGCCGUCAUUUGUGACAAAAUUCAACUUUUUGACAACGGAAUCUAUGAAAACCCUCCCAUAAUAAUAAGAAAUGUUGACAUUGGUCUUGAAUUGCAAAAAAUACGUGGUGGCUCACUAUUUAAUGAAAUAAAUACACAUAUGAACAUGAAAAUCGAUUGCCUAAAUCGAGCACGACCUGCAUGCCGUUGGAUUAAUGGUCUCAAGUACCACGCCUAUUCGGGUCAUGAUACUACCAUUUUUGCAUUUCUCUCCAUCAUGGGAAUUCAGUCAAAAGUCGUUGUUAGCGGAGGAUAUCCAGAUUACACUGCAGCUGCAUUUGUUGAAUUAUAUAUAGACGCAGAUGGCGAACCUUACUUCAGGAUUUUAUACCGCACUAGCGAUGUAAAUAACACAAUUUAUCCCGUGACGCAUUUGAUAAAUGAAUGUGAGGGAAAGGACUAUUGCAAACUGGAAGUGUUCAGAUAUUUUGCUGCAAAAUCGAAACCAGACCAGGACUUAAUUGAGUGGUGCGAAAUGAAUCCGUGGGAAGGCACAUCAAGUUCAAAAUUAACCACGAUUCAAGCUACCAUUUUUGCUGCAUACAUGUGGUAUCAAUCCUGA